AUGCGCGCCUCUCUGCCUGUGUGCGUGUGUGCUGGCGGUCGGGGCCACAGGAAGCCGAGAGAUGACCAGGCAGGCCAUAAGCCUUUAGUACUAUGGCGCCAAGAGUGCAUGCAUGCCACUCUCCCUUCCUCCCUCUCUCUCUCUCUCUCUCUCUCUCUCUCUCUCUCUCUCUCUCUCUCUGUUUUUAUUGUUUCUCUCUCUCUCUCUCUCUCUCUCUGUUUUUAUCGUUUCUCUCUUUCUCUCUCUUUCCCUCCCUCUUUGUUGUUCCUCUUGGAUAAGCAGGGGAUCGGACCAGAGGAUCCGAUCCACUUGACUGGCCUCAACCAGAUCGGCAUGUCCAAGCCCAUCUCAUCGUUUUUCAGCCCCGUGGGCGUCAAGUCUUCCAGCAAGACAUCGGCCAAGCGUGCCCAGGCCGACGUAGACCCUGCAGGUGACCCCGCCUCCCCCACGGCCAAAUCCCCAAAAGGAACGCCCUUGAGCCCAGAGCAACAAAAGCAAAUUGCCGAGAAACGCCUUGAAGCCGUCCUCAAGCAAUGCAAGGCCAAAGGUCUUCCCCUGACCGACAGCCUGGCCCCCGACUGGCGCCAAGCCCUCCGUGCCGAGUUUGACAAGCCCUACUACAAACAGCUCAUGGAGUUUUUGACCAAGCAACAAGCCGCCAAAAAGGUCAUCUACCCGCCUCCGGAGAUGGUGCACUCGUACAGCCGCGCCUGCCGCCUGCGCGACGUCAAGGUCGUCAUCCUCGGCCAGGACCCAUAUCAUGGCCCAGGCCAGGCCCAUGGUCUUUGCUUCAGUGUGCUCAAGGGCGUCGCCAUUCCCGGUAGCCUCCGCAACAUUUACAAAGAGCUGACAGCGGACAUUGAUGGGUUUGUGGCCCCCAAGCACGGCUAUCUCCAAUCCUGGGCCGAUCAGGGUGUGCUGAUGCUCAACGCGUGUUUGACGGUGGAGCACAAGCAGCCCAACUCCCAUGCAGGACAGGGUUGGGAAAAAUACACCGACGCCGUCAUUGCAUGGAUCAGCAAAAACCUCAACAACGUUGUCUUUAUUCUCUGGGGCAAUUAUGCCAAGAAGAAAGGCAGCAAAGUCGAUCAGAAGCGCCACUGUGUCCUCGCUGGCGCCCACCCGUCACCCCUCUCUGCCACCAAGUACUUUGGCUGCCGGCACUUUAGCCGGGCCAACGAGUACUUGAAAAAGCACGGCAAAAAGCCCAUCAACUGGAGCUCCGUUUCUGACGCAUAG